UUCCGUCUGUCUGUGAGUUCACUCAACCAACAACCAGACGCCAUUGCUGUUUAAAAAGAGGAAGAUCAGCAGACUGAUUUUACACUUGUGACAGUAAAAUGCAUCAGUGAAGUCAACCUGCAAUAGAAACUUCCUGCUCCAGCCAACCCUCUAUGACACAAUCACUGAUUUCUCAAGCGUUACCAUGUUGUACGGUGAAUGGGUGUUUUGUCAAAAAAUAAGUCAAGCAGCUGAAUGUGUGGGAUGAAAGAACAAAACAGGCAAAAAUGAGGGAAGAAACAUCCCUGCUGAAGAACUAUCAGGUGGUUUACAUUAGCUUGGAGCUGCUGAUUGCUCUCCUGGCUGUAACUGGGAACAUCCUGGUCUGCUGGUCCGUCUGCCUCAACUCCAACCUGCAGAGCAUCACCAACUUCUUCGUGGUCUCACUGGCUGUGGCUGAUAUUGCUGUGGGGCUGCUGGCGAUUCCUUUUGCAAUCACAAUUAGCGUGGGUUUCUGUGCUGAUUUCUACGGCUGCUUAUUCAUUGCCUGCUUUGUCCUCGUGCUCACUCAAAGCUCCAUCUUCAGUAUGCUGGCUAUCGCCGUGGACCGCUACAUUGCAAUCAAGAACCCCCUUAGGUACAACAGUGUGGUGACAGGGCAGAGGGCAAAGGGCAUCAUAGCACUGUGCUGGGCUCUCUCCGUUGGCAUCGGCCUGACUCCCAUGUUCGGUUGGAAUACAAGGUGGAACUCGACCGCCAUCAUGGUGGGAAGCACUGGCUGUCCUCAAGGCAUGACCCAGUGCUUGUUUGAGAAGGUAGUUACCCUGAACUACAUGGUGUACUUUAACUUCUUUGGCUGCGUGAUGGUGCCCCUGCUGAUAAUGCUGGUUAUCUACAUCAACAUCUUCAUGGUGGCACGGCGACAGCUCCGACUCAUGACUAUAAAAGUCGCACAUGUCCCGGUUUCUGGACAGAGGGCUGCCUCUUCUAGCUCAGUUCGUUCAGUUCUGCAGAAGGAAGUCCACGCUGCCAAGUCACUGGCUAUAAUAGUGGGGUUGUUUGCUCUCUGCUGGCUCCCUCUGCACAUCAUCAACUGUUUCAACCACAUGUGCCAGGGCUGUGAGCGUCCACACAUCUGGGUGAUGAACAUUGCCAUCAUCCUCUCCCAUGCUAAUUCUGUUGUGAAUCCCUUUAUCUAUGCCUACCGCAUUCGAGAGUUCAGACAAACUUUUUGGAAGAUUUUUCAUCAACACAUCCUGAGAUGGAGGGAUGGGCAUGGUAACAGGUUUUGGAAUGCUGAUGGCAAAAGUGCUGGGAGUAACAGCUUCAGACGGACCUCCCGAACCAAUAGAGAGGGUUCAUCGUUUAGCGCGGUGGUAAACGGCUGUGUCAUGGACCCCAGUCCUGACCAAACUAGACAAAAAGACACACGUGAACUUUCUAGCAACUGGGAAUCAAAUUUAGAAGUUAAGCCUUGCAGCAGCAUACCCAGCGGACCACAAGAACAAGGCAACACCUUGUCAGUAGUGCAGAAUCACCAGUGUAUGGUGGUUUCUGCACAAACUGCAGUAAAUUCAUCCAUGUAUAUGGGGGAUGUUUUGGAGCUCAAAGAUAGAAGAAGCUGUAGCAUUUUUGCUAAUGUGCAAGCUCUAUCUCAAACGCAGACCAGCACUACAAACAUCACAGAAGUCUCUUGACUGAUAAUCAUGUUUACAAAUGAAAUUUCAUCAUCAUCAUCACACACUGCACUGUGGAAAUAUGAACAUGAUGGCAAAUAAAGUCAACAAAUAAGUCAGUAAAUGUGUUUCGCUCUCUGUGAAGUCACAAAGUAGUUUUCUAUAUUUGAGUUAGAUAUUGUGCAUAUAAGCACAAUAACUGAUUCAAGCAAGUGAAUGUUGAAUGUAAAUUGAUGCAUGUGUUUUCUGCCAUGAUGUACAGCAAUAACUGGUGUGUUUAUAAUACGUUUUCUUUUAUAUAGGCUGUACAAAGUAAUUAAAAAGUAAAAAUAAAUCAGAAAAAUAAUAAACUAUUGUGCAGGGACUUCAGAAGGUUUUUUGGUUGCCCUCUUUUUCACAUUUUAACGUUUUAAAUGAUUGAACGCGGUCGCUCAAAGGUGUGAAAAUCUGAAAUAAAUAAUAAUAAUAAUAAUGCCUUUUUCUGAGUAUAAUCUGUCACUUUAUGCAGGCUGACCAUGAAAAUUGUCUCCUACACCUAUCUUUUGCAUUAGCUUCAGAUGGAAAAUAGAUGUUGAAUCGCUAGGAUUUCACAAGCCUGACAGAUCUAUGUCACACUCACUGAACAUUCAUGGACUCACCCAUCUUGACUCACAACGGGGAAGGUUGUUGUUUUAACGUCCAGAAACAUCUUGGCUUGCAGAAGCUAACCAUUAGCGUUAGCAACUUCACCACACGGCAGAAGCUCCUCCAGGCUUGUGGUGAUAAAACAUCCAGGCAAACGGAGUCAGUAGAGUUGUGUUGCUGUUAUCCCGUCUGAGGCAAAAGGUCCUAAUAUCAGGAAAUAAGACCAAAUCCUCUCCUCUGUUAAACUCUCCUCUGAUGUAGCAGACUUGUCCCUGCUGAUCCAGGCAUUCCUUGUUUUUAUUUGCCCUUAGUAUGGCUUGCAAGGCAUUCAUUCCUACCAGAGAUCACUGCAAAUGCAUUGAUGAAAUGAGUUUCCCAGACUUUUAAAGUGCUGCAUUAGAUCUUAAAAUAUCAUUACUGAGGUGUUAUUAGAUUGCUGUUGAAAACCUGAUAUAAUGAAGUAUUUUGAAGCAUGAUGUUUUAGAUGAAGUGCUUACAUUUGACAUCCAAUAUAUUAUAUUCUGAUGUUAGUCGUGUGGUACACACAAACUGUUUAUUGCCUAACGACUUCUUAAAUGGCUGGAUUGCUUAACCCUGCCAUUGUCCUAAUGGGUGUGACCCCGCGAGGAAAGUUGACCAUUGAGCAGGGUUGACGGUUUAUCCCUUGGAUCCAUGUGGCAGGGGUGAGGAGUGAGCACCACUUCACCCCUGCCACAUGGACCUCAAGGGCAAAUCCUGCUCAACGGUCAACUUUCCUCGCGGGGUCACCCAUAAAGACAGUGGGAGGGUUAAGAAAGCAUGAUGUCGCUAGCUUGAUCAGUGAUUAGAUUGCAGCCAGGCAACAAUUUGUCAUUGCCAGGUCAACCUAUGAUCUGAAGUCACCAAUGAACACAAACCAGCUACGUUUCAGCUGAACCAAAGGACUUAUUUCCACUUUGUUACUACCUGUGAUGCUACCACUACUUUCAGGGUCUGGCCUGCACACAUCAAAAUCAUAAAAAGAUUCCUCACACUCACUCACUCACUCACUCACACACACACACACACACACACACACACACACACACACACACACACACACACACACACACACACACACACACA